AUGAAUGGCGAGUGGGACAUUGUGAUAUCUUCAUUACAGGACAUAUGCCAGGCCAACCAAUCCAAAUCUUUGGACUCGAUUACUGAUCAAGUGAAAAAACAGGCAUCGCGAAGCCAAAAUACCGAGGACGAAUUACGCAACUUGAGCGAGACCAUCAAUAAUCACAAAGAAAAUGUCGACAAAGCUCUCAGGCUUUUGAACCCGGUGCUAGAUAAUUUAAACCAGCUCAUCAAAUUAAAACAGGGCUCGGGAUCUGGCGGAGCAACUUCAGCUCUGCCUCCAACAACCCAUCACGAUGCGGCGGCCGACAUGGCAGGCAGCGGCAGCAUACUGAUGGCGGCUGAUAGUGGUAAGAACGCACCUUCUGUUAAGAAAAGAAGAGUGGUUGACGCCGUUAAGAAAGGAAAGAGUUACUACAGCAGUCCAUACAAUCCUUCAGAUCCAGUGGUUUUGAGGUCAGAAGUGGCGUUCAGGUUGAAAGGCAGUAGUUUAGGCGAAGAAUGGAUCCAAUGUGAGGUUACAAAGAUUUAUGACCCAACAAAAUUUGACGUUACGGAUCCUGAACCUGAUGAGAAUAAUAAUCCUGGAAAGACGUAUCGGGCCGGGUGGAAAGAGAUUCUACUUAUUCCUACAGAAAACGAUGCCAAGGAAUUGAUUGCCUACCAAUUUGGCACAAAAGUCAUUGCAAGAUACCCUGAGACCACCACCUUUUAUCCAGCUGAAGUGAUUGGAACUAAGAGAGAUGGAAGAUGUAGGCUAAGGUUUGAUGGAGAAGAAGAGGUUGGCAAAGAAACCGAAGUUGAUAGACGGCUUGUACUUCCAUACCCCGACCCUAAAUCUCAUAAUUAA